GCGUGAUUUGGCAACGCCAGGUGCCUGUUGCGCUCUCGCGGGCGUAGAGGAGGUGGAGUCCACGGUGGAUGUCCCCGCCCGGCCAGGUGUUGGUUGGUUGAUUGGUCAGGCAGAUGGGCUCAAGGUACAACAGGGCACGCGAAGAGGGUGGGGGUUUUCGUACAACCGCCGUCUCCGUGUAGCCGCACACAGGUGUGUGUGUGUGUGGGCGCGUGAGUGCCACGACCUAUAGUCCCGCACACACACACCGCCCCAAGCACAUCGCCACCCCCACCUCCUCUGCCGAGCGACCAUGGCGACUGGGAACGAUGAGAACCCAUCUGCAUCCCAGCGUUGCUGCGAUGCCUUCACGUACAAAUGUCUCAAGUACGCGCUCUUCGCAUAUGCCGUCAUCUUCUGGCUGCUGGGCGUGCUGCUGCUGUGCCUGGGCGCCUACGCGGAGGUGGAGAGGCAGCGCUCGCGCACCAUGAGCGGCAUGUUCCUGGCGCCAGCCAUCCUCCUGCUGCUGGCGGGAUCCGUGCUCUUCAUCGUCUCCUUCCUCGGCUUGCUCGGGGCACUCCGGGACAACUUGACGUUGCUCAAGAUCUUCCUGGUUACCAUGAUACUGGGCCUCAUCAUUGAGCUCAUUGGCGGGAUCGUGGCUUUGGUCUUCCGCAACUCGACCCAAGGCUUUAUUAACGACAACAUCCGGAAGGGGAUUGAGAAUUACUACGACGACCUGGAUUUCAAGAACAUCAUGGAUUCCGUUCAGCACAAGUUCCAGUGCUGCGGCGGGCAGGACUACACCGACUGGAGGGUGAAUGUCUAUCACUCGUGCUCCUCGCCGGGCCCGGCCUCCUGCGGGGUGCCGUACACCUGCUGCGAUGUGCUGGAGGGUUCGCAGCCUGUCAAAAACACGCAGUGCGGUUUUGGAGCCCUGAAACUGGAGCGGCUGCAGCUCCGGGGUCAGAUUUACACGCGGGGCUGCGUGGACGCGCUGCUCAUCUGGCUCAUCGACCACUACACCGUCAUGGCGGCCAUCCUGAUGGGCUUCCUCUUGCCUCAGCUUGCCGGCAUAAUUCUGUCGUGGUGCUACAUCGGACGGCUAGAGGACAUCAUUCUGCAGAACGAGCAGCAAGAGCAAGAAGAAGCUCGUGAUGCGUUCAUAGAGGAAGCAGAGGCGUGAACAGAAGACGUUGCAUACUGUGUUGCACUGCACGCACGACCACGCACGUGUGCGUACACGAACGCACACACGCACGUAUGUACGCACGCACGUAUACACUCCAGCAUUCAUACGCACAAGCGCCAUGACGAAGAUCUACAUCGCAACAGUUGUAAAAUAGAAAAUAAUGCUCAUAUCGCUCUGGUAUAUUAAUAAACGUGUGCAAGUGUGUGCAACGUGCCUAUAUGAAUAAUUUGGAGAAUUUUGUUUCAUUAUAUUUAAUAGAAAGUCGUAAUAUUUCCCGCACCUCCAAUUCGCGAGGUUGGCUAUGUACAGUGCGAAAGAAGUCCAACAUACAUUACAACUUGUACUGUUUGAAUAGCAGAGGCAAGUUUUACAUUAAAAAAAACCUGCUGAAAAGCUCCGAUGCUUUUCCGAUGCUUUUAUUCUAUUUCCAUCGCUGAGUUAUCCCUCGUGCACAAUGUGAGUUAUUUAAUAAAGAAUUUAUUUGGGAUGGAGGAUAUAAAGAUGAUAUUACGGCAAAAAACACGCGCAAGGACUUUGUAGUUUGCCAUUAAAAACACACCGGAUUUUACAAACAAACUAUAGAAUAGUCUAAAAACAUACCUCCCAAUGUUUUGCUCGUUCAUGAUCAUGUCAAAAUAGAAAAAUGUGCUUUGAACAAGUCCAUUGCCAAAAUGUCACAUUUUAUAUACAUUUCAUUUUUAGUACGAAUGUGAGUCUUGAUUUGUUGCGCUUAUGCGCCACUGCCAACGCAGUAUCACAAAAAGUCAUCGUCAAUCAUCGUCAUUUUAUAUAAUUGCUAAUCUUUGUUGUCACAUUGUACAAGAUGAGUCUCCCAAGAUGCUUUUACUCGCUGCAUGUUUGCCUCUCCGUGAAAAAUGAGACACCGCUUCAAACCGCGUCUCUCUCUCUCUAUGACUUCACCAAAUGCCACUGGAAGCUCCCUGCAUUCACGCCACACGUCUUGACUUGCGUGCAAAUGAUCAUGGUGGACUGUUUUUUGUGUUCACAUUUUUUUGUUUUGUUUUAAAGUUGUUGGUUGAAUGGCGUUCAUGAGCUCACACAUCUGUGUGAAGCUGCCCUACCCUCCCCCCCUCCCCAACUCGAUGAUGGCUAAGAGACACACUUUUAUACGUGUUUUUAAUUAAAUUAUAAUGCACCCGUCGGCAAACUAUUAAUGCCUAUUUAAUUAUUCAAUCAGGGCAAGUAAUUUGUUGUUAAUUGUGGCACAAUUGCUUGGGGGUCCUUUCCAGGAGCAUUUAACGGAGACUUUUACUCCACACGAUGUGGCACGUGGCCUUUUAAUUAACAGCGGGGCUUUGAGAUGUAAAUGUUUAAUACCCGAUUAAUGACUUGACUUUGAAAUAAAAAGUAACGGAUCACUGUGUUUUAGUCGAAAGGUCUGUCAACAUGUAUUGGAACUGGUUGCGCUGUUUGGCCUACUAUUAAACUAGUUCAACAAAAUUAUAAGCGGCCUUAUUUAACCAACUGUCACGCAUAAUUUCACUUGAAUCCACGCACAUUUGUGCGUAGAUCUAUAAUGCAGUGAAAUUGGUGCGUGAUUAUUUCGCAUGCUGCUUUUCAAUAUCGCGCACGAUCAUUUAGGGGCUCAAUUUUUCUGACAAUGCGGCAGGAGUGUUUCAUCACCGGUCAGUAUCAAGCCGUGCGCAAUGUGUCACUCUACCUGAUGCAAUUGACGAGUGCAAGGCAGCGCAAUGCUGCUUCAGAAACGUUUCACUUUUAAAACCUAUGCCCAGAGUGAUGAAGGCUUUGCCUCGCCAUCUCGUCACAAUGACCAGGUUCAUCUUCUUGGUUCUUUCGGUAAAGUCACGUAGAAUGGAAAUAAUAAAAUAAUAAACGCUGCCAAGCCUGGUGGUGUUCAUUCAAACGCUGUCUUUCUGACAGACCUGUUCUUCACCUGAGGACGGCUGCUUGCGUUGUGGCCGUAACGUCGUGAGAAUUAUUUUAUUAUGUUUUAUUUUUAUUAUUUUAUUAUUUCCAUUCUACGUGACUUUACCGAAAGAACCAAGAAGAUGAAUCACUGCAGUCACGAAAGCUUUAAAUCGAAAUUCAGGGCCAGGUUGAUGAAGGAGAGAGUGGUUUAGGAGCAGGUUCGAAUAUCGCCACUGAUGGUAGCCGUGGCCAGGAAUCGAACUCGCAGCACCGGACUCAGAAAGCGAUUCGCGAGCCACCGUGUCAUCGCUCCACUUGUGUCCGGUCGCGUGCACCCCGUACACGGUGUGCUGUGUGUGUGCCACACGUGCGUUUAAACAAGAACAAGUAAACCCGUAAAAACAAAGUUUUUCACUCUAAAUCCUUUAUAUGCGUGGCGGCUAGAGUUCUCUCGUCCUCUGGCUUGAGAUGGCUGAAAUCUAUGGGUCAGAUGAUUGUCUGCCAGUAUUAAGCAAUUGGUAAUUAAAUAUUUAAUUAGUUUUCCCUAAACAGUGUAAAAUUUUGGAAAAAAAAUUCACGAAAAUUAAUUGUCACACAUAACGAGUCUGUGUGGAAAAUGUCAGCUCGAUUGGAUCACGGGAAGUGGGUUAAAAACGAGCGAAAGAUUUGCACGGUCCUAAGCAAGCAAGCAAGCACGCGAACUUAAUAUAAAGGAUUUAAAAAUAAGCAUACGCAUUGCCUCAUUCGCAUCUGUCCCUCUGCAGGAAAUAUUAAGAGUUAUUUAGACACCUCCUAUCAGCGCCCACAGCCUUCUGGGAGUGCAGUAUUCGAGCAAGAUCGUUUCAACACAAGCAAACUGGACUGUUGUUGACAUUUAAUGUCUCCUGAGCAGUCGUGCUUGCUUGAACCAAUGCUGGUGACCGGGUUAGGUGUGUUCUGUAUCGGGAAUUUGUUUUGGUUUGGAUAUUAACCGACAACACUAAUGAUUAUUUUAUUUCUUCUAGAUUUGAAGCUUUCGUGACUGCAAGGAUUCAUAUUCUUAGGUGUUUUCGGUAAAGUCACGUAGGUAAAACAUUUAAAUUAAUAAAAGUCGUGCAUUCUUUUGGCCCCGCCCCCCUCCCCCCCGAUACGUUCCAUUCAUUGGCUACCACAUUCUGAUGAGCCCCCCCCCCCCUCUCCUCCCCCCUCAACUUGCUUUUAAGGGAUUACAUCUUGAAUCAUUGCCUCACUUGAUGCAGCAAAUCUGGCUGUGACGGUCCCACCUGAUGACGGAGACUUGUGUUGCCUCCGAAAUGUCGUGAUUUUUAUUUUAUUUUACUUUUAUUAAUUUUAAUGUUUUACCUACGUGACUUUACCGAAAACACCUAAGAAUAUUUUAUUUCUGUUUGUGGCUCAUCCAAUUAGCACCCCGCACCUCCGAUUAAUACGGUUGGCUACGUACGGUGCGAAAGCUGUUCAACAUAACGUCCAUAUGUUGGUAUGCACACAGGAAAUGGUAACAUGUUCCGCACCGAAAUAAUCCCGGUGGCAUUUUGGGACAAUGGCUCUUCAUUGCCCUCGAAAGGUACCUUGAAAAAUGUUGAUGUAAUACGAAGAAAGGGCAUUAUUGCUCUAAGACAUUUCCCAUGAUAUACUUUUCCUUUUAAGGCCUCCGUGUUGUCAUUGGCGAAUGUGAGUUGUGUUUUUUCGUGAUUGUGCACCAUUGCACACACAGGAUCACCAAAUAAUUUAUUGUGAAAAAAAAAGUAACCUGCUUUCCCUUGUUACCCAAGCAUCUCGCUGAAAUCUCAAUGGGCCCUGGCCGAGUAAAACACAGCACACUUAGUAGUGCAGUAUGUAUGUAUGCAUCGCCUGUCUGCUCCAACACAUGCACACAUAUCAUACCUGUGCACCGGCAACUCUUCUUUUCUGCGCCGCAUGAAUCAUUUACUGCAAGACAGGCAUUUAGAUUGCAUUGAUGUCCAUGAUGGUGCUUUACCCAGGAAAGCUUCGCUUGGGUCUCGUGACUUUUUUUCAGCAGGGCUCUGCCAAGUUUUUGCAGUCGGGGAGGGGGGGGGGGGUGCAAUGAUUGCCACGAAUAAUCACAAUUGAGUAAUCUGCGGUGCUACUCUUCAAAUGUGGACCAUGACGCCGGCAGUCAAUGAUAAAUGAUCCGCGCGCUCGCCUUCGAAGCGCUCUGCAUUGCGACGUCACACACAUGGCACACGUCUGUGGCCUCCAUCCCAUCAAGCGCUGCAUUGAUCGGUUUGGGAAUCCAUCAGCGCUGGGAGCGGUCCAGGGCAUUCACCCUCGUGUGGUGGCCAACGCGGGGUCGCGUCGAACCGUGCGGUGGGGGAACAAAGCGGUCGCCUCCGUCGCAUUGUGCACCACCACAUGGGGGUAGACAAACGUGGAGCGGGUGGGCACGUGACCGAGCCGGGGAUUGAGGUACAGAAAAACAAUUAAAGGUGCAGCCCUGCAAUGAAUUGCGAAUGCCAUUGCUGGUAAAAAAAAAACAUCUGAACUUGAGGGAUCUCCAGAGGGAGCCGCGACCGCGUGUUUUGCCCGACUCUUCCACGCCAGCGAGAUGUCUUUGAAAGGGGAUGGGAGUAGCGACACUUUAUCACACCACAUGCAACCUUUCAGUCGACUAGUGUACCCAUUAAUACUGCCGGGUGGACAGAGGCGGUGGCUAAGAAUAACUGCCACGCCAGGAGAUCAAACCGGCGACCUCUGAUGUGUAAGUCGAGUGUGAUGAACACAACACCAGGGGCAAUGACAUAACACCGCUGGCAAGGAAUGCAAAUUGGCUGCCCCCUUCCAAAUGCCCUCGUCAACAGUCCACUUGCGCCUGGGUCCCCUCUGCUCCGUGGAUCCCGCUGUAAUUGCGCUGGUCCUCUUACUUCGUAGCGACGAAACCGGUGGCGUGGUACCCAGCCGUGCCAGACAGUCUGGCUGUAGCCUCGGGGAGCUGAGGUCACAUUCGCAGAUGGCAUAAACAGCUGCUGUCAAAGACUUGUGUGAUGCAUCUUUAUCAGUGCCAGCCAGCCAGCUUGCGGGGGUCUGGAAUGAUUUGUGUGUGUGUGUUCAUUACACACAGGUCUCGUGGGGAAAUAUUUACCGCAACUCGGCCCCAGAAAAUAUGAAAUUAAGCCCUGUGCGUUACCACGUCGACCGAAAUGCGCCCAGUCUCCCCAGGGCCAUUGCCUAAAUGUCACCUAUUAUAGACAUUUCCUUUUCAAGGCCACAGUGUUAUUGACGAAUGUGUUAAGUUUUUUUAUGGUUGAGCUCUGUGAGUAAUUGGUUAGUAGAGUUCAUGAGAUGCGUGGUAGUUAAGAGAUGGCAAUACAGCACUGGAAGCUUGACUCGAUCCGUGCAGAUGUUGGAGUGCUACCCAAGAUCGAUUGUGCGUGGGUUUUCUCCGGUCACGCUGGCUUUUUCCCACGCGUCACUCGAUGAAACCCUGCUGAACGCUCUUAAACAAGAGUCUUGAGGUUCCGUGUUGUUUAAAA